CCCCGCUGAGUGGCGAUGGACGCGCCCAAUAGAGGCGGGCUUGAGGAGGGAGCGAGGGAGGACUGGGACAGUGCGGGCGCCAUGUCGCGGCGGAGGUGGCGAGGCUCGCAGAGCGGCGAGGGCGGCGGCGCCGGCUCGGGACGCGGAGGGGACAUGGUGAAGAUGGCUGGCGGCGGCGGGGGUGGUUCGGGCCGCUACUACGGCGGAGGGCCCGAAGGCGGCCGCGCCCCGAAGCGCCAGAAGACGGAGAACGCCGAUCACGGGCCGGGGGGAGCGGCCGGCGGAGGCGGGGAGAACUAUGACGAUCCCCACAAGCCGGCUGCUUCACCUGUUGUCCACAUCAGGGGUCUGAUUGAUGGCGUUGUGGAAGCUGAUCUCGUGGAGGCCCUGCAGGAAUUUGGCCCUAUCAGCUAUGUGGUGGUGAUGCCCAAGAAGAGGCAGGCCCUGGUGGAGUUUGAGGAUAUUCUGGGAGCCUGUAAUGCCGUGAACUACGCAGCUGAUAACCAGAUCUAUAUCGCUGGGCACCCAGCCUUUGUCAACUAUUCCACCAGCCAGAAGAUCUCGCGCCCUGGUGAUUCGGACGAUUCUCGGGGAGUCAACAAUGUCCUGCUCUUCACCAUCCUAAACCCCAUCUACUCCAUUACAACGGAUGUCCUGUAUACCAUCUGCAACCCUUGUGGCCCAGUCCAGCGGAUUGUUAUCUUCAGAAAGAACGGAGUCCAAGCUAUGGUGGAAUUUGACUCUGUGCAGAGUGCUCAGAGGGCAAAGGCCUCUCUGAAUGGUGCCGACAUUUACUCUGGCUGCUGUACUCUAAAGAUUGAAUAUGCCAAGCCUACCCGCCUGAAUGUGUUCAAGAACGACCAGGACACCUGGGACUACACCAACCCCAAUCUCAGUGGACAAGGUGAGCCCGGUGGGAACCCUAACAAGCGGCAGAGACAGCCUCCUCUCCUUGGGGACCACCCUGCUGAAUAUGGUAAGACUGUCCCUAGGCAGCCACGUCGCAAGCGUAGUGGACCCGGAAAGCAAUUCCACCCUCACCUGGUGGGUUUUCUGAUGGCCCUCUCUGCCUUCCUCUCCCCCCUUCCAGGAGGACCUCAUGGUGGCUACCAUGGACACUACCAUGACGAAGGCUAUGGCCCUCCACCCCCUCACUAUGAAGGCAGGAGGAUGGGCCCACCUGUGGGAGGCCGCCACAGGGGACCAAGCCGCUAUGGGCCUCAGUAUGGGCACCCGCCUCCGCCCCCCCCACCCCCAGAGUAUGGGCCUCAUGCUGACAGCCCGGUCUUGAUGGUCUAUGGCUUGGACCAAUCCAAGAUGAACUGUGACAGGGUCUUCAAUGUCUUCUGCCUGUAUGGAAAUGUGGAGAAGGUGAAGUUCAUGAAGAGCAAGCCAGGAGCAGCCAUGGUGGAGAUGGCAGAUGGUUACGCUGUGGACCGGGCCAUCACUCACCUCAACAACAACUUCAUGUUCGAUCAAAAGCUGAACGUCUGCGUGUCCAAACAACAAGCCAUCAUGCCGGGCCAGUCGUACGGCCUCGAGGAUGGCUCGUGCAGCUACAAGGAUUUCAGUGGCUCUCGGAACAACCGGUUCUCCACCCCGGAGCAAGCAGCCAAGAACAGGAUCCAGCACCCCAGCAACGUGCUUCAUUUCUUCAACGCUCCCCUGGAGGUGACGGAAGACAACUUCUAUGAGAUUUGUGAUGAACUGGGGGUGAAAAGACCAGCUUCAGUCAAGGUGUUUUCAGGGAAAAGUGAAAGGAGCUCCUCUGGCUUGCUGGAGUGGGAGACCAAAGGCGAUGCCCUGGAGACCCUGGCAUUUCUGAAUCAUUACCAGAUGAAAAACCCAAAUGGGCCGUAUCCGUACACGCUGAAACUCUGCUUCUCAACUGCCCAGCAUGCCUCGUAAGUUGUAUUUGGUUCCCACCAAGGAAGACUUCCUCUGUUGCUAUUUUUUUUUCUCCUUCUUGUGGGUUUUUGCAAAGCACCCCUGUGUUCAUUUUUUAAAAAAAAGGAAGCUUGAGUCGAGGCUGCCUGCAGCUAUGUCAGCUGGGAAGAAGAGAGGCCCCAUGGCUUUCCGAUGACAUCUGAUUUUAAAACAAUUGUACAUGUGACUUUUUCCCCACUCAUACUCUGUGCUGCCUGUGCUACUUGGCACACCUUAAUAAAGCUGUUUGGAAAAUAAA